CGCUGCUGCUGGGGCUGCUGCUGGCGGCGGCGGGGGGCCCCGGCGCGGCGCGGGCCAAGGAGACGGCCUUCGUGGAGGUGGUGCUGUUCGAGUCCAGCCCCAGCGGCGACUACACCACCUACACCACCGGCCUCACCGGACGCUUCUCCCGGGCCGGGGCCACGCUCAGCGCCGAGGGAGAGAUCGUGCAGAUGCACCCACUGGGAUUGUGUAAUAACAACGAUGAAGAAGACUUAUACGAAUACGGCUGGGUUGGCGUCGUGAAGCUGGAACAGCCAGAGUUGGACCCUAAACCAUGUCUCACCGUCCUUGGCAAGGCAAAGCGAGCAGUGCAGAGAGGAGCUACGGCAGUUAUCUUUGAUGUAUCCGAAAACCCUGAUGCUAUUGACCAGCUAAACCAGGGUUCAGAAGACCCACUGAAGAGGCCGGUAGUCUACGUUAAGGGAGCGGACGCCAUCAAACUGAUGAAUAUUGUGAAUAAACAGAAAGUGGCACGAGCCCGGAUCCAACACCGACCCCCUCGGCAACCCACUGAGUACUUUGACAUGGGGAUAUUUCUGGCCUUCUUUGUGGUGGUAUCCUUGGUUUGCCUCAUGCUUCUGGUCAAAAUCAAACUAAAACAGCGACGCAGUCAGAAUUCCAUGAAUAGGCUGGCCGUGCAGGCCCUGGAAAAGAUGGAAACCCGGAAAUUCAAGUCGAAAAGUAAAGGCCACCGGGAGGGAAGCUGUGGAGCCUUGGACACGCUCGGCAGCAGCUCAACGUCAGACUGUGCCAUCUGCCUGGAGAAAUACAUCGACGGAGAGGAGCUAAGGGUCAUUCCGUGUACCCACCGGUUUCACAAAAAGUGUGUGGAUCCCUGGCUGCUGCAGCAUCACACUUGUCCCCACUGUCGCCACAGCAUCAUCGAGCCAAAGGGCAAUCCCAUGCCCGUGUGCCUGGAGAGCAGUAACCCGACCCCCGGCCGGCAGCAGAGGGUCAUCCUGCCGGUCCACUACCCCGGCCGGGUCCACCGGACCAGCCAGAUUCCGGCCUACCCGACGCGCACGAGCAUCGACUCCCAUGGAAACCCCAUCACGUUGCUGACCGUGGACAGGCCCGGGGAGCAGGGCCUGUACCCGGCUCCGGCCCCGGCCCCGGCCUACGUCCGCGGUUACCAGCCGAUCCACCUGGACCCCGCCGGGAGCGCGCACCACUGCGGCCUGGAGCACAGGGCCUACUCGGCCACCCACGCCUUGCGGAGGCCCAAGUUCGGUGGGCGCGGCUUCUCCAAGGCAGCUUGCUUCUCCCAGUACGAGACCAUGUAUCAGCACUACUACUUCCAGGGCCUCAGCUACCCGGAGCAGGAGGGUCACCCCGCGGCUGGUGGGGCCGCCCCCAAGGGCCCCUCCCGCGCCUUCCCGACCGGGGGCAGCCUGCUCUUCCCCACAGUGGUCCACGUGGCCCCGUCCUCCCGCGUGGAGAUGGGCAGCACCUCCAGCUUCGGCUGCUACCACGGCCACCGCUCCGUGUGCAGCGGGUACCUGGCGGACUGCCCGGGCAGCGACAGCAGCAGCAGCAGCAGCAGCAGCAGCAGCGGUGGGGGCGGUGGGGGCGGCGGGAGUUGCGGCCCGUGCCACUGCUCCUCCAGUGACUCGGUGGUGGACUGCACCGAGGUCAGCAACCAGGGCGUGUACGGGAGCUGCUCCACCUUCCGUAGCUCCCUGAGCAGCGACUAUGACCCCUUCGUCUACCGCAGCCGGAGCCCUGGCCGGGGUGGGGCCGUCCUCCCAGAGGGGGCCCCGCGGGAAGAGCCCCCGGCCUCCUCCUUGGGGGACCAGCUAUCGGACUGCAGCCUGGAGAUGAACUACAGCAGUAAUUCCUCCCUGGAGCCCAGGGACCCCCACAGCUCUACCUCAGAGGGAGGGCUCGAGGCGCCUCCCGUGGCCCCCGUCGCCGGACGGAGGACCUGGCAGGGCCCGUGGGCCAGCACCGGAUCCCCGGAGCUGGCCUGCCCCUGCUGCUCGGAGAUCCAGCCCUCGGUCCCAGAGCCCGGCCCGGCGGCGGGGGCAGCUGACGACGGCGGGGCACCGUUCUCGGGCUCGGCCCCAUGGGGGGCGCGCGGCCCGGGGGCGGAGCCGUGGCUGGGAAGCGCCCAGGGCUCUUACGGUGUCCCCCCGGACCACCUGCACAGGACAGACGGGGCGAAAUACGAGGGCUUGCCCUGCUGCUUCUAUGAAGAGAAGCAGGUGGCCCGCGGCGGGGGUGGCUACACAGAGGACUAUGCGGUGAGUGUGCAGUACACGCUCAGCGACGACGCCCUGCCCAGCUGCUACCCGGGCCUGCGGGAGCCGGGCCGGCGCAUCCCCAUCAUUCCCGAGGAUGUGGACUGUGAGCCGGGCCUGCCCCAUGGCUGCCAGAGGCCCUGGACCCACAGCUCCUGGGAGGGGGCCCCGGGAACGGACCCUCGACAGUGGCAUAGGGGCAGGGCCUUCGCGCAGCCGGGCUGCUCGGAGGAGGAAGAGGAGGCGGAAACCGGAACGUUCCUCCCCAACACCACCCUCGUUUCUCAGGAGGCGGCAGCAGCAGCAGCAGCAACCAACAAGGCUGCAGGAUCAGAAUCUCAUCGCCUGGACGGGAGCCCGGAGUCCUAGGUAGCUGGACCACGGCAAUCUUAUGGAGACUUCACGUUCUGUUCGACUUUUCAAAAACAAAACAAAAAAAUUGUUUUUUAGCUCUGACAAACACACAAAAAUGGUAAUAUGGAGAGCCCUCCCCUCGCUCCAAAUUGUGAGCCGCCUGUGGUAAACCCUCAGCCCAACCCUGAUCCUGUUUAAAACAGCCUCUCUCCUUUCUCCGUGAAACCUCCAGAAUCCUGUCGUCUCUACAAUAUAUAUAUAUAUUUUUGUGUGUGUGUGUGAAGUAGAUCUGUUUGCCUGGGGUUCCGAGGUGGUUGGGAUCGAGCUCUUCAUCUUUAUGGUAUUUGUAAAAAGUAUUAUUUAAAUAUAUAUUUUUAAAAACCCUAACCCUCCCAACUCUUUUGCCGAACAGAAUCAAACUGCCGCGUUAGGUGAACGCACGCAUCCUAUGUAGAUCCCGUUCUCUCUCCCCGUUGCGUCCCGGGGGAGUUCAGGACUUCGGUAAGCUCAGGGCCAUACCUGCCUUAGAUAUUUUAACCAGAAACUUGAAAUGGAACGACUGUCUGACCCUGGCACGCACUGGAGAGCAGUACAGUCUGACCCUGUGCUUCCUACUGGCAAGUUCUCCCGGUGGCAUCCCAGCCUCAGGGAGAGGCAGGGGCCCACAAGAGGGUGGGCUUGGUCUGGCAGCCCUGCCUAGCUGGCUGGUAGCCCCCGAUAGAAUUUGCUGCAGGGUGCGGGGCAGUUGCCUGGACACGAGGUCAUUCGGGGGUGCCUUUGACUGUGGUUGCUGCUCCAGGGUGGCGGUGGGGUUUUUGCACACCUCUGACCUUCUGAAGACCAAACUCACGAUUCUCGAGUCAUUAUUGAGAGGAAAAACACAGGGGUUUGGCAGUGCCUGCCCAGGACUAGUCGAGUCUGCAGUUGCAGUUUCUGCCACUUUCCUAACGCGGCUCGAACUAACUCUUCUAACCUGGGGUUGGGUAAAGGCAUCAGCUGCACAUAAAGAAAUAUUCUGUCUCUGUGGAAGUGGCUUGGGGGUCCUUGGAAACGUACGAAGAUGGUUUGAUCUGGUUUGAGGGAAACUUGGUGGUGUUGUAAGUUUUAUUGCCUCGAAGACUGCAGUAGAGACCAUUGGGCAUGUAUAUUGAGAAAGGGGCUGGCAGGUAGGUUGUGGGUGUGUGUGGGUGUGGGUGUAUGGGUGUGUGUGGGUGUGUUUUGAGUGGAUGUACAUGCCCUUGGCUUUUACUGGAGUUGUGAGCACCCAGCUUCCAUUCAUGAAUCUGGCAAAAGUAUUCCUGUAAAGUCAGCCUGCUUUUCUUUGAAGACACUUGGAUGCCCUUCUAAGAGCUCUGACCAUUUAGUUUUUAGGCAGGCACAUAGAAUGUUGACCACAUUAUCUCCUAUAUAUCGGUGGUAUUUAUUGACUCCUUUUUGUGUGCAGAGCAUUUGGGAGAGUGUAAUACAACAGUGUUGGUAGACUCGUUCCUUGCCCACAAAGAGCUUCCACCUAUUUCCAGGAGAGAGGCAGUAUUUAGAAUAAAUAUAGGUGCCUUGAACAUGGCUGAAAUUGCCCAUCUAGAUUUAGAAUGUCCGCUACCUCAUCUUCUCAUGGUUUUAUCCUUUCUUUGCUGUUUGUACUUUAUAGUCGAUUAUGGCGUAGCUUAGCCUAAAGGGCAAAUGUCAUUAAUGUUUUCUUAAUUCCAAACUAGUACUGGAAGGUUUGCAGAAAGAAACAAUGGAAAAUAAUAUUUAAUGGGGAUUGAAACCAGGAUUUUUCUACCAUGUUGUUAUGUGGCUCUGCUUUUGACUUCCUUUUCUCUGUGCUGGGGGCAGGAAUAGGAAAUGUUUUGAUCGUUUCUACCCUUUUAUCGAAAAGCUAAUUGGUGGCUUGGGAAUCAAUCAAUCGUACUGACUGAGCGCUUACUGGGUGCAGAGCACUUACUAAGCACUUGGGAGAAUACAACAGAGUCGGUAGGCAUGCUCCCUGCCCACGACAAGCAUACAGAAACAAUAUUCCCUCAGCUGGAAGCCAAGUAGGAGGACCUGGGAUUUGUAUUCAUUAUAUCACUGGGGCAGUUGGGCUAGCAAACCUACAUGCCCCCCAAGGCCUCACGAACUAAUGGUAGAUGCCCUUGGAAAAAGCCCUACAGUGUUUGGGAUCACCUGGCACCUGUUGGAGAGACUUCAUUGCUGCCAUCAUUGCAGCAAGGGUUGAUAUUUAAAAAUUGCCUUCCAUGUUUUUAUCACAUUCCCCCAAAACGUAAGCUCUAUAUGGGCAGAGAUAGGUUCUACCAACUAUAUCGUAGUGUAUUUUCCCAAGCACUUGGUGCAGUGCUCUGCGCAAAGUAGGCAUUCCGUAAAUACCAUUGAUUGGUUGGGAAAGCUUGGUUGAAGAAAGAUCACUACCAUAGGCUUUCCCCCCCAUUUCUAGUUUUGACAGCCUAUAAGCAACUACAGAGGGUGAGAAAGUGGAAUUACCCAAGCUUAAUGCUUAGAUUUUAAAUUCUAGAAAGCUAAUAUAUAAAUGGGAAAAAAGUUCCCUCAACCCUUGAGUAUGACAAGUAGGCGAUAAUGGAUGGUAGUGGUUAUAUACCAGUGUCUUAAAAUGUCUUCAAUUUGUAAGCUGGUCAGGAGAAUCAAAUGUUGAGAUUGGGUCUCCCCUAUUUUAAAAGGUAGGCAAAUUCUGCUCUGCAGGAAUGUGUGGAACAAAGACAUCUCAUAAACACAAAUCUGUUCAGACCUACAGAGGGUUUACCCCACACAAAAAAUGCACACACAGUAACUUCUCUGACAUGGGGAUUGCAUUUGUAAAAUAACUCUAAAUAGCAGGAUGAACCCCGCGUUAAGGAAAACUUGCCUUCUAGGAUAAUCCCUGGGCACACACACAUUUAUUCCCACAUCCUGUCCUCAGAGAUGGAAGCUCGUUCCCUAAAAUUCCAGCCACGGUCUAUCCAGCAGGUGGAGUAAAAGCACAUUAUGGAAGGAACUGACUGAACCUCAAUUUACUUGUUCCCCUUAAAUAGGACUGGACUCACGCUAUGCUCCAUACAACCCCCAGUCUCCUGGUCAGGUGACUCUCAGGAGUAAAUGGGGAUUGAGGAGAAAGGAAAGCCAUGGACUAGCAUGUUUUUCUGUGAAAACACCCAAAAGCCAAAAUACAUCCUUUUGGUGCCAUAGCUACCAAUCGUGGGCUACUCCGCACCCGCUCAGUCUGUUUCAGGGUAGGCAAGUUAAUUGAAGUAGGUAAGGGCCGAUCAAAAUGGUAUUUUGAAUGCUCCGAAUAGCAAGUCUUCUCCCCUUCCACCCCGUCACCCACCCGUUCCUGCCGGCCCUUCCUCUAGGGGCUACCUCAAAGGAAAACUUGGUCACUUCCUCCUUCCUAUUAAAGGCAUUUUAUGAAACUUUGUCUUUUGUUCUCUUUGUCAGCUCCUCCUUCCUUAUUUGCUGCUGCUUCACCCCUGCCAGGAUUGCCUGCAAGACAAAUGCUUUACAAAUAGGUAAAAGAUCAUUACGCAGUAGGGUAUUUUUGAAUGGAAACUGCUUUUUUCUAGUCUUUAGAGGAACCGAUUCCAGCAUUUGGAGGCUCACAAGGCACUAUGUAAAAUGUCUUUUGAAACUUUUUUUCAUAGCACUUAAGAGAUAUUUUGUACAAAAUUUUCUGUAAAGAUUUGUAAAGAGAUGGUCAAAGGGCUUGUUCUCCAACAUUACCAUUUUUCCAAUAUUUUAAGGCUAGAAAACAACUUGUGUAUAUUCUGUAUAUGUAUAGCAGCACAUUUCAUUUAUGGAAAUAUGUUCUCAGAAUAUUUAUUUACUAAUAUAUUUAUCUUAAGCCAUGUCUUAUGUUGAGAGUGUGACAUUAUUGGAAUAAUCAUUGAAAAUCACUAACAUGAGGCCCUGUAAAUACAUGAUAAUUGCACAGAUUUUACAUAUUUGCCGACCAAAAAAUGAUUUAAAGCAAGUUUUAGUUUUCACAGUUUUGUAACAAAGUGUACAAAUGUCUGUAAAAAAAAGCCCAA